AUGUCUAAAAGCAGCAACCAAAAGCGCUUCCAACUGAGAAAACAAUGUCGAGAAGCCUUAGCGGCUCAUAUAUUUAACCGACUUCACCUUGUUGUUGCUCCUGAAAGAGUCCGUCUCCAACCGCGACCUGGAGAUGGAUACGCUUGGUCCGUUACGAGAGCGAAUGCUGCUUUGCUCAAAUCAAACCUAAGUAGCGGCACGAUAAACCUUUACCAGAAAAUAUUGAAGGAACUCGGUUCAUCACUCGAAGCUGUCAACCCGCAGUCCUUAGGCAUCUCGCAGUCUAAUACAUGCGGCCUUCCAAAGGAGACACAGGAUUUCGGUGAAGGAAUAAUGGAUGGUUCUUUCACGGCAGAGAUCUGCGAGCUUAAGGCUGCCAACGGCCGCAUGGAAGUGGAAUUGGAACGCACUCGUUCUCGGCUAGAUGACAGUCUUCGCGAAAGCCAUACGCUCGGGGCCGAAGCCAACCACCUCCGUCACGAUAUGCAGAUUCUUGAGUCGCAAAACAAGAUACUGCGUGAUAAGCUGGUAGAGACGAGAAGGGUCAUCGCUGGAGCAAUGCAGACACUGGGUUCGUUGCAAUCAGAGGGAAUCGAAAUCGCACUUGAUGACACGAACGACAGCCAAUGA